AUGCAGCCGGAGAUCAGCGAGCUGAUAGUGCUCCAGAUCAUACACACGCUGCUGGUGUUGCAGAGCCCGAGCUCAGGCAGCGUUGGCGUCAUUAGCGGGAAGGUAUCGCUCGUACGACUCACCAACGAGAUACAGAACAACGUGCUGGUGAACCAGAUGGUCGAACGCGGGGAGGACAAACUAGACAUCAACGACAUCCUGGUGGUGGUCAAGCGGGUGUUUCCGAACCAACGCAUCUCUCUGGUCGACGGACAGCUGAGCUUCCACAACCUGCAGCUCACCGAACUGCAGAACGGGAUCCGGGAGAGGCUCCACAGGUUCUGCCACGCGCAGCAGGCCGCGAUAGCACGCCUGGAGGACGACAUACUGAACCCGCAGCGAAGAACUGCCGCCGGCGGCGCCGGCGGUGGCACGAACGUCGACCCGAAGCGAGAGAAGCUGCUGCAGCUCUACCGCGACACCGUGCUGAACAAACUGCAGGCCAAGAGCGGCGGCAAGAUGGAUCUUCAGACCCUCUACGAGACACUCAACGCCAGCGGCGCGCUCGACAGCGCCGUCAGACAGGUCAUCGAGAUCGACCGAAUAAAGAACGACACGCCCAGCAGCGUCCACGAUCUGCAACUGGUGAUACAGAAAAGCAUAUGCGACGGUGUAAUGAGCUGCGAGACCGACACCGACACCUGGCUCGCCGCCAGACAGCUGCAGGCGCACUUCGACGACACCGUCCAGUUCAUGAGAAGAGCGCUCGAGUAG